GCGAUGCCUCAGAUUUCAACGUUAUUUCGGUGAAUUGACUGUGCGGCUGGGUUGUGUCUCGUGAUGCGACUGAGAGCGGGGGGGGGGUUAACAACGGCGUCGGUCUGGAGAAGCUGAGCCUGAGACAGAGAGAGCGUGUGUUGUUUUGAAAUUGCUAGAAGACACGGAGUGGAGGGGUGGUUAGGCCCUGUUUAAAAGAUGGCGGAUGUAGAAGGCGAUGAAAUCCAGUCGGCUCUCCCUCCAGCAACCCGUAACGGACCUGAUGUCGGUACCGCGGGUCAGAAUGUAACCACGCUGACGUCAGGUCCAAGGGUAGUGAGGAUUGUCAAGUCGGAAUCUGGCUAUGGUUUCAAUGUUCGUGGUCAAGUGAGCGAAGGAGGACAACUGCGAAGCAUCAAUGGGGAAUUGUAUGCCCCACUUCAGCAUGUCAGCGCUGUUUUACCCGGGGGUGCAGCAGACCGGGCUGGGAUAUCGAAGGGUGACAGGAUUCUUGAAGUAAACAGCGUGAGCGUUGAGGGGGCCACGCACAAGCAGGUGGUGGACCUGAUCCGGGCGGGGGAGAAGGAGCUGGUGCUGGCCGUGCUGUCGGUGCCGGCCCAGGAGGCAGAGGGGCUGGAGGCCGGCGACGAGGGCGCCAUCAACCCCACCUACGACUACGGGGACAAGCAGGCGGUGCCCAUCUCGGUGCCGAGCUACAAGCAGGUGGAGCAGCACGCCGAGAGGUUUGUGGUGUACAACGUGUUCAUGUCCGGCAGACAGUUGUGCUCCAAGCGCUACCGAGAGUUUUCCAUCCUCCACCAGAACCUGAAGAGGGAGUUUGCCACCUACACCUUCCCCAAGCUGCCCGGGAAGUGGCCCUUCUCCCUCUCGGAGCAGCAGCUGGACGCACGGCGCCGGGGCCUGGAGGAGUACCUGGAGAGAGUCUGUUCAGUGCGGGUGAUCGGGGAGAGCGACAUAAUGCAAGAGUUCCUCUCUGAAUCUGAUGAGAAUUACAACGGCGUGUCAGACGUGGAGCUACGAAUAGCGCUUCCAGACAAGACUACAAUCUCUGUUCGAAUACGCAAGAACAGCACCACAGACCAGGUCUACCAGACGUUGAUGAUGAAGGUGGGGAUGGACAGUAUCAUGGCCAGCUACUUCGCCCUCUUUGAGGUCAUCAACCAGUCGUUUGUGCGUAAGCUGGCGCCCAACGAGUUCCCCCACAAGCUGUAUGUGCAGAACUACACGUCGGCAGUGCCGGGCACGUGCCUCGCGCUGCGCAAGUGGCUGUUCAGCACGGAGGAGGAGGAGCUGCUGCGCGACAACCUGCUGGCCCUGCACUACUGCUUCUACCAGGCGCUGGACGAUGUGAAGAAGGGAUUCAUAAAGAUGGAGGACAACUCCUACCAGCUGCAGAAGCUGGCAGAGCAGCGCAAGAUGACUGCGUACCUGAGCCUGCUGCGCUCCUGCGAGGGCUACAACGAGCUGCUCUUCCCCCACUGCUCCUGUGACUCCCGGAGGAAGGGCCACGUCAUCACGGCCAUCAGCAUCCAGCACUUCAAGCUGCACGCCUGCACCGAGGACGGCACGCUGGAGAACCAGGUGAUCGCGUUCGAGUGGGCUGAGAUGCAGCGGUGGGACACGGACGAGGAGGGCGUGGCCUUCUGCUUCGAGUACGCCCGGGGAGAGAAGAAGCCGCGCUGGGUCAAAAUCUUCACGCCCUAUUUCAACUACAUGCAUGAGUGCUUUGAGCGAGUCUUCUGUGAGCUGAAGUGGCGGAAGCAGGUGGAGGAGGAGGAGUCGGACAAGGACAACAAGAACUGCACUGACAGUGAGUACCUGCCUCCCCUCAAGACGCAGCAGAAGGGAUGGCGCCACCUAGGGGGCGAGAUCGCCACCUCCUAAAAAAACAAAACAAAACCAACAACAUAAGAAAAGAAAACGACAAACCCCUGAACUUAAUCGCCAUGGGAACUAGAACCUCUCCAUUCAAGCUAUUACUGCUGUCACAACCCCCCCACCCCCCCUUCCCCCUCCUCAUCUGCAUCGUCAGACACAAAGGACGUCACGAUGGGUUUUGCAGAGACGGCAAUUGAAUGAAAAACAACCAGAAGGGAGGACAACCGAGAGGACACCCUUUGUAUGAUCUAUUGCUGCGGGAGGGGUCUUACUCACACCCAGCCCGCGGCCGUGAAGCAGGCAUGCAAGCAGGAAACGCAUCAGAAGGAAGCCUAGACGGAGGCAGAAGGGGAAUAAUACUGGCUUUGUCAUUUUGAAAAAAAUGGAGGACCCCUCCACCCCCGGCCCAUAUCUUCUCCACUAUUUCCAUUUAUGCAUCAAAUAACAUGAUGGGACGGACGAGAAUUAUGCAAGCAGCACACAGUUCACCUACUCUACACUUCAGAGAGACGUGCCCAAGGCAGUGUCCCAGUGCAGCGCCGCUGGCCGCUGCAGAGGAGCCGUCGCCCCAGGCCAACUGGUCCCUGGUUCCACCAGGAACACGUCCACAACGGUCGCUUCGCCAGAAAACCGUUUUUUGUUUUUAAUAUUUUUUUGAUUAAAAUUCCCACAAUAUAAUGAAUAACAGAAUCGAACGGCACUGAAAGCAAGCGGAAACUGAGCCGUAAGGGUGGCUGCUUCGUCUCCUACAGCCCGCCCUACCCACCCAUCCGCCGUGUCUGUCCCCCUGUCCCUUUGGGUGUCUGUCUGCGGUCGACUGGUGUACACACAAUGUAGAAGCAUAUGCUUAGGUUGGAGUUUGAGUCAACGUCAUCAGUUGAGUAAAGUGUUUUACUUUUCAUUCAGUGGUGCAGGGGAGGGCCGGGAGCUGUCUGUACUUAUUCUUUCACGUGACCGUUGUAGUCCUAAGAAGAGCGUAGAGGCUGCUGAUCAAUGUCGAUUCGGCUGCGGUUACCUCAACGCGCCAGCAGAGGGCAGUGUGUGAACGCAAACGGUUGCCCUGUCGUGCCGGCUGUCAACCCACACAGUGGACUUAUGGUGAGGUCAUUUUCCACCGUGCCAUUGACGUCUAAGCCCCCCGGCCCCUCACAGUAGUACCGCUCCACCGGAGCCAGUCUUCACUCCCAACUAUUUAAACGUGAGAGCAGGGAAAAGGCAAACACGGUAUUGAGGCCCGACAGCAGACUGCUAUGGGGGUCCUCCACUCACAGGUUGCAGUAUUAGGUGUGUGCGCGUGUUUCCGCGUGUCUCCAGGGGGAGGCCAGGAGCGAUUCUUGUUUUACCUUCAGUCAACGCAUGUCGUUUUUUAGUGUUUGUUCGUUUUGUUUGAAUGUAAAUACAUUGUAAGUGUAUUUCGAUAAUUUUGAAAGACUGCAUACAUUUUACCUUUUACAUUAAUUUGGACAUGAUCGCUCUCUCGUAGGCUAGCUCCGUAGAGCGCUGUAUGCCUCGUCUGCGUUGAGAGUAUUAAUAGUUGUGGGAGGACGGAUGGAUGCAGUGUCUUUAAUAUAUUAAGUGUUCUAUUUAAUUCCAUAGUGCUUUAUUUAUCCAGCGUCGCGCAGUCAUAAUCAAAAACGAAAAUAAACCCCUCGCACUUAGUCUCUCCGAAAAUAACGAAUGAAUAAUUCAGGUUAAACUCAUCUUGGUUUGCGUCUUUUUGUUUUUAAUGUCACAUUUCAGAAUGAGUUAAUCACAUUAUGGUAAACAUAUUAUACAUUCUAUAAAAAAAAGAAAUAUGGUAUAAUUUUGUAUUUAAAUUGUUUUAUUUUCUUAAUGUUCUAUAUAUAUGUACUUUGUUUAUUUCAUUACCUUUUAUUUCUGUACCAGCAUUGCACCCUGCUUUGUGGCCCUGACGAGUCUGUUAAAGCCAGCCGAGGUGUGUGUGUGUGUGUGUGUGUGUGUGUGUGUGUGUGUGUGUGUGUGUGUGUGUGUGUGUGUGUGUGUGUGUGUGUGUGUGUGUGUGUGUGUGUGUGUGUGUGUGUGUGUGUGUGUGUGUGUGUGUGUGUGUCCGUGCGCUUGUGCCCCUGAUCUCUGUCUGUGUGUGUCUCUCUCCUUCAUACUUCUGUCUUUGGCCUCUGCUGUGAGGGGGAUGCCAAGGCAGCAUUUUCUACAAUGCCUGUGCAUCCCCCUCGCUCUGUCUCCCUCCCUUCUGGAACCCAGGGUCUUUAGGGGGAGCGGGGGCUGGGAGCGGUAAAUGAUAUAGCAAUACAAACUAUGUCAUAGUCUCCUGUUGGCUGUUUGUCACGCCGCAUGCCAGAAGUGGCCUCCACCUUGCUGAGAUUAAGCUCCCUCGCACUCUUGCUGACGGCCAGAGGAUGAAUGAAGGAGUCUGCGUAAAAAAGCUGUCGGUUGAGAUUAUGCAUUUCGGUCGCUUUUUCAUUUUUUUCCGCUUUCGUUGUCGGUCCAAUACACGUCCAUGCGGCUCUUGUUGUCAUCUCCUGGCAUCAUCCUCUGCCAUCCGCAUCAAAGCCUAGAUUUUUCUGCCACAUUGGUUUGCGCACACAAUGUCGCAGCGUGUGCUCAUGCAGGCACACACUGUUCUGGCGCCAAUCGUUUAGGGGAUUUCCUUUUUGGGGGUGUUAUUGUCCUAGUAACGGGGCAGCCAGAACGAGAGGCCAACAGCGUCGGCACACGCGUCACCGUGGCAUCACCCCUGUGUGCGCCACGACACACAUCACACUCAACCCUCGACUGCGGCAAUGCGCGUCUGAGAAUUCCUUUUUUAUAAAUUUUAACUCAUCUCUCCUUUUUGGCAUCACCAUCACCCCCCCCCCCCCCCCCGACGGUAUAUAGUCCGCCAGCAGCCACUGUGUGUUUAGGUUAGCUUAUGCGUUGACCUUGCAAACGUACGCUGUUUUCGCUUCAAGGGCAUUCGAGCAACAGGCUUCUCGCUCUUUUUCUUCUACUGAAGCGUGGUGCCGCUGACUAACACGGAGGACGUAGCCAGGUGGGGCUUUUCCAGUGGUUCGCCUCGCUCUAAUGAAUUCGCUUUUCAGCAGCACACAAGGCUUUGUCCGUGGCAAGUAGGCAGCGACAUUAGUUAACAAAAAAGGUUGACAGAACUGAAGAAAAAAAAGCUGUAUGUCUUUGUGCUUAGCAUAACUUGUAAAUUAUUGUUAAAGAUUUGAAUAUAUUCUUUGGGUAAAAAAUGCACUCCUGGUUCUCUGUCUCAAAAUGUUAAUUUAUUUCAGCAGAGUUUUAGGGAUAGGCAGAAAUCCUAGUGUAGUUUGUUUGGGUGGGGGUGGGGAGGGGUCCGUCAAUCAUCUGUGUGUGUGUGUGUGUGUGUGGAAGGUGGUUGUUGGGUUGGUUAUAUGGAGACGAGCUAUGUGAGAGGAAAAUCAAGUGUCAUAGUUAGUCAACGGUCUAAAGACGUGAAUUAAAAGCUGAUGCAGAUACAGAGAGUUUUAUAUCGGUCAAAAAUGAAUGACGGUUUACUAACCAAUCUAUGAAAAAAGAAGAAAUUGUCUAAAAAAUGUCAUGUAGAGUAAUAAAUUGUAACAUUAUUUUAAAUAAAGUUAUAUAUUGAAGAAAACCUUUGGAAUCGUUCAUACACAAACACACACGUACACACCGUUUGAACACGUGUGAAUCCUAUAUUAACAUUGCCACUUAUCACUUAUAUAUUGCCACAAAUCAAAGUGUUUGCAGAUGAUUCUAAGCUCCACAAAGACGGUGCGAUAUUACCCAACUUGAAGCAGUCCAAAGAUCCUUUACUGCAAAGAUUCAGGGACUUGGAUCGUCAAACUACUGGGAUCGACUCCAUCGCCUAUCCAUGUACUCCCUCCAACGGCGGCGUGAGCGAUACAGCAUCAUCCUAGUUUGGAAGAUCUACAACAACAUCAUCCCGAAUGCUGUGAACCUCGACUUUCGCGAGACCUCACGGCACGGCACUUCCUGCAUACGACCACUAUAGGAUCCUCGAAAUACAGCAGCAUUAACACCUUGAGGUUCCACUCAUUCGCCUCGAGAGCCUCAGCACUGUAUAACGUGGUCCCUCCUAGCAUCAAAGCGCACACAUCUCUGGCUACUUUCAAGUCAGCACUUGAUGCGUUCCUUCACACUUUCCCUGACACUCCACCAACACCUGGGUACACUGGACAGAACAGGAACUCAAUGUUGGAGUGGGCCGGUAGCACGUGUCUGUAACGUUGCUACAACACUGGCGGUGGAGAUGCGAGACAUCUUGGCCUGAGCCCUCCAGCUCACAACCAAACCAAGAACCAAGAAGAACUUACGGUUGGUUUUCAAUGGCUUGUUAAGCCUCUGUCAUAUUGAUGAGGCCCACAGAUGGGGCCCAUCAAUGUAUGGAUCCAUCUUCUGCUCUCUAGGGGGGGAUGAAAAGCCCACUCGAGGCGUUUGGGUGGUUCUAGAUGCUACUUCUAAUCUCAGGAUAGCGGAAAAGGCAGCUCAACAAAAAAUACUCUAAGGAUGUAAUAUGAGAGCCCGUUUGAUAGGAGAUUUGGGUCAAGUGUUGGUCGAUAGAAUGCUUUAACCCUUAGCCCCCCUCUACUGAUGAAGGGGCUUAUAAUAUACUUUUAUCCUAUUUAUUUUCAGUGUCAUUUGUGGACAUGCAGGGUAUUCAUCAUGCAGAAGAGGAAUGAUUAGUUCAUACAAAAGGAGGACAGAUAUCUACAACUUGGCAAGAGCAACAAUGCCCUUCCACAUUAAUGGAUUUGUUUAUGUAUAAGGUCUUUGUAUUGAUUGUGAGGGACAGUGAAGGGAAGGCCAAUAUGAAUCUAAUGGGACCGCAGGGCCCGCUAAUGUGCUUCUAGAGAAGACUGGGCCUACCAUUAAAAUGUCUCGCUGGCAGUUCUCGUUAAUAUUUUGAGAAAUAUUUGGGGACAGAAUUGAGUCAGAAGAUUAAAUGUUAAUUGCAUGAGAUCGUCUUGUGAAUCGUUAUUUGGCCUAUUUAUGGAUUCUCUAGCCAAGCCAAUUAGUCCACUAAACUAAAGAUGAUUAUGAAUUCCCAUCAGAUAUUUACUGGG